CACCACCACCACCAUCACCACCAGCCGCCUCUGACCAUGAUGAUGAUGAUGCCGGGCCUGACGGAGGAGGAGUGCCAGCGAUACAAGGAGCUGCUGGAGAUAAAAUGUGAAUACGAGAGACGACAUAAAAAACACCACAAAGAGAUGGUGAAAACCGAUCGUGAGGACGUGCAGGCAGAAGGCAGAGGAGUACAAGAGGAGGCAGAACAGGAAGGAGAGGACGCCGCUUCCUGCCCGGUGGUGGACGUGAACUGCAACGAGACCCUGAGUGAGCACGAGAUGGCGCUCAUCGAUGAGGAGUUGCGCCACCUGGAGUUUAAAUGCCGUAAUAUUCUCCGGGCACAGAAGAUGCAGCAGCUGAGAGAGAGAUGCCUGAAAGCCUGGAUGAUGGAGGAGGAGACGGUGCGACCGGGCGCCACAGAAGCAGACGUGGUUAACGUGGAUAACGAUGACAACGACGACCCUCAUCAUCACGAGUUGUCGUCCAUCAACGAGCUCCCGGAGCGCGAGCGAUCGGACGACAAAGACAGCACCAGCGCCUACAACACCGGGGGUGAGAGCUGCCGGAGCACGCCAUUGGUCAGCACGGAGCAGAUCCCGCCUCUGCAGGAAGAGGAAGAUGAAGCGGGGCGGCGACUGAUGUCUCCGCCUCCUUUCCUCCCCCUCAGUCACCUCCCCCCUUUGAACUCCCCUCUGACCCCGCGGCGUCACAGGCGGGACCGAGAGAGACGCCACUCAAACCUCAGCUGCUCCUUCUCCCCAAGCACCUACAGGAAAUGCGAAACAGCCAAUGGCAACGGGGCAAAUGGCUCAAGCUCCACCCCCUCCACACCCUCCAAGUUCAGGUCUCUGACCAGGGAGGGGGCGUCGUCUUCAAGAAGGGGUGUGGUCGAAAGAGGGCGGAGCUACAUAGCAGAUGGAGCCGCCAACAGGUCUGGAGGUGGAAGUGCAGAGUCCAGUCCCUAUUUCUCCCGGCGCCACCACGGCCACAACAAACCACCGGAGCGCUACCAGAGCUGUAUGACGCUGCCCUCCGAGGGCCUGGUGGACCCCCUGGACCGAGUCAGAGACCGAGCGAGGGCCGAGGGUGAGGAGAGGGGGGCGGGCACAGGGAGCAGCGGCCCGGCCAGUCCGAGGAGUGUGAACAGCGCCCCCUGUGGUCUGGAGGACCGCCACACUGGCGCCUCGCGGUUAGGACUGGUCUUACCACUUGGGCUGACGCAGUCGUCACCAACGGCCUCACGGCAACGCAUGGAGUGGAAGGUAAAGAUCCGCAGCGAUGGGACCCGCUACGUGGCCAAGCGGCCGGUCAGGGACCGUCUGCUGAAGGCCAGAGCCAUGAAGAUCAGGGAGGAGCGCAGCGGCAUGACGACUGACGACGACGCUGCCAGCGAGAUGAAACAGGGCCGCUACUGGAGCAAAGAGGAGAGGAAGCAGCAGCUGCUCAGAGCCCGAGAGUACCGACGGAGACGAGAGUUCAUGAUGCAGAGCCGCCUGGACUACCUCCGAGGAGACAG